AUAAAAAAAAAUGAUGGCGAUGUGCACGCGUUUGGUACAAUUGAUAUCAAAUGUUUUUAGUGUAAAAAGUUCACAGGCUAAACAAUUAUUGUCUUGUCGAUUUGCUAGAAGUUACACCUCAGUACUCAAAAGCGCAACGCGAUGUAGAGAAAUAUCUUCAUGUUCGAGAAAAUUAAGUCGGUGUGUUAAUAAGCCAGUGAAUCAAGCCAGUGGGAUUGCUUCAGCAGCGAUGGUGUUUAGCAGCGUAGCAUAUUGUUUACAUACAACUGCAAAUUCAGGUAAUGAGCGUUUCCUUCAAGCAGCACGGACUAAUGAUGUUGAAACACUCAAAAGAUUAGUCACUCAGGGAGUAGAUGUAAAUGAGAGACAUAAAUUAGGAUGGACAGCUUUAAUGGUUGCAGCAAUCAACAGAAACGAAAGAGCUGUUAAGUUUUUGUUAGAAUCUGGAGCUGAUCCAAACUUAGGGGAUGAUUUUACAAGCACUUACCACAAAGCAAGAGAAACAGGUUUAAACUCUCUACAAGUGCUUGUGGUAAGAGAGGAUGAGUUCUGUGAUCGUCUUAGCAACCGUGCCUCAUUCAAAGGUUGUACAGCUCUACAUUAUGCCACAUUAGUUGAUGAUACCAAUAUCUGCCAACUAUUGAUGGAGGCUGGUGCUAAUCCAACACUAGAGAAUGAAAAUGGUCAUUCACCUGCAGACUAUGCUAGAACUAGAGAAAUGAAGCAACUGAUAGAAAGUUAUGCAAAGAAGUAUAAAGCUGUUGAGGAACAGAGAGCAUUAGAAGAGAGAAGGCGCUAUCCAUUAGAACAGAGAUUAAAAGAAAAUAUUAUUGGACAAGAGGGCGCUAUCACUACAGUUGCUGCAACAAUCAGGAGAAAGGAGAAUGGAUGGAUGGAUGAUGACCAUCCUCUGGUCUUCCUCUUUCUAGGAUCUUCAGGAAUUGGUAAGACAGAGCUUGCCAAACAAAUAGCGAGAUACCUACAUAAAGACAGCAAGAAAGGAUUUAUAAGAGUUGACAUGUCUGAGUACCAGGAGAAGCACGAAGUGGCCAAGUUCAUUGGCUCGCCACCAGGCUAUGUUGGGCAUGAACAGGGCGGUCAGCUGACCAAGAAGCUGAAACAGUGUCCAAACGCUGUUGUCCUGUUUGAUGAAGUGGACAAGGCACAUCCAGAUAUCUUGACAGUCAUGCUGCAGCUGUUUGAUGAGGGUCGUCUUACUGAUGGCAAAGGUACUACAAUUGAAUGUAAAGAUGCUAUAUUUGUGAUGACCUCAAAUUUAGCAAGUGAUGAAAUUGCUAAUCAUGGCCUACAGCUGAGGACGGAAGCUGAAGAGAUCAGUAGACAACGACAUAAAGCUAACCUAGAAAACACAACUGUUGAAGAGGAAAUCACAGUUUCUAGAAGGUUUAAGGAGUUGGUAGUGCAACCAAUACUAAAAAGACAUUUCAAACGAGAUGAGUUUCUCGGUAGAAUCAAUGAGAUGGUGUAUUUCUUGCCAUUCUCUCGGUCUGAGCUUAUUAAACUGGUUAAGAAAGAACUGGACUUCUGGGCAAAAAGGGCUGAACAGAAACACAACAUAGAGCUGACAUGGGACAGACAGGUACUGGAUGUACUGGCAGAUGGUUACAAUGUACAUUAUGGGGCAAGAUCAAUCAAGCAUGAAGUAGAACGAAGGGUGGUAAACCAGUUGGCGGCCGCGCAAGAACAGCAGCUUAUCAAGAAAGGUUGUCAUCUUAACAUUACAGUUGAUAAUCCAAACGAUGAACUUAGCAAGGAGACGACAAAGCAGCAACCGAAGGAACCCGCAAUCCGACUCCAAAUUACGGAGAAAGGGAAAAAACAAACUCUAGAUUUACCCCAUGUCCCAAUUGCAGAAAGAAUACAUGAUGCAUUUUUCUAAAACUUCCAAAAUAAUUUUUAAGUCUGAGAGUGCAAUUGUGGUCAUCAGAGGUCAUCAUAUAUUUUCUUACCUUAGCCCCAACAGGGCUGAGGUGGGUAUAAACUCUCCAUCUUUGAGAGUCCUUCAAUGGGGCCCCCUUCCCUCUAUUUCAAAUUCCUGUAUCUGUCACUGCUGUUCACCUGUUUCUGGCUGUGUGUGUGUGUGUGCAAUUUAGUGAUCUCCAUCUACGGUUUUGGUUCUCAAUGUUUGAGGUUUAAUUUAAUUUUAUAUUUGUUCUCAUGGGCCAAGAAUAUGCCAAAAGCAAACUUCUUCAUUUGUUUCCCCCCCCCCCUUUAUUUUUUUAUUUCAUUGAUUUGUUUACUGCAUUUACAGUACUACCUUGAACAGUUUCAUCUUAUUACCAAUUUAGCAAUCUUCAAAUUUAUUUUCUAUGUAGGCCUACUGCCAUUGUUGAAGUAAUAAACAGUAUGUAUAGAAA